AUGCUUGUUCAUCGGCAACACCUGAUUCAAAAAGAAGACCACAUCGAAGUGGAUAUAGAUCGCACUCAAUGCAGCGACGAAGUACGGGAACGACUUUAUCCUAUUCGACAAGCGCCGCCUCAUCCGGCGCCACCAUUUAACACCGGCGGUGACCACAACGCGGUGCGGACCAGGCAAACCUUCGAUGAGAAGGUUCAGAUGACAAAUCGCAGACAAUUACCGAAAGUAUUCGACGAGGCGGUGCUCCAAGCGCGCGUAUACAGUAAAGACUGA